AACGCAACACCUCUGCAGAUUAACAUAGCCAAAAGCAACGAACCUGACACCGUGUAAAGCCACUUGAGUUCAGACCUGAGCCAGGCUUACAAAUACCGGUCAGGCCCCUGCGUUUCGAUCACCACAAGGGGACCACGCAAGUACACAGCUCCUCCUGUUUCUUCUCCCAAGCUCCCAUCGAUCACAAAGAAGACCCAUCUCGACAGACAUGGCACGGCCUUACCGUCUAGGACUGGUCUGCUUCUCCCUCCUGGUCGCUGCGGCCAGCGCGACGCAGUUCAGGGUCGGGGGCCAGAAAGGCUGGAGCGUGCCUGAUUCCGGCUUCGAGCCCUACAACACGUGGGCGGGGAGGCUGCGGUUUCAGAUAGGCGACCAGCUCUUGUUCGUGUACCCGAAGGAGACGGACUCGGUGCUCCUGGUGGAGCCGGCCGCGUACAACGCGUGCAACACGUCGUCGUACGUCAGGAAGUUCGACGACGGCGCCACCGUGUUCACGUUCAACCGCUCCGGCCCCUUCUUCUUCAUCAGCGGUAGCGAGGCCAACUGCAGGGCCAACGAGAAGCUCAUCGUCGUCGUCCUCGCCGACCGCAGCGGCACCCGAACCCCGCGGGCUCCGUCUACCACGCCGCCGCCGUCUUCCGCGGCAAGCCCCUCGUCGCCUCCCUCUGCUGCCCCUAUGCCAAGCCCAUCGUCCCCUCCCCCGGCUGCCCUUCUGCCGGCUCCUGCAGCCACCCCGAGCUUGGCGCCGUCUCCAGCAAGUUCGGCUCCUGCAGCCACCCCGAGCUUGGCGCCGUCUCCAGCAAGUUCGGCUCCUGCGGCUGCUCCUACGACCACCCCGAGCUCGCCACCGUCGCCCGCGGCUCUGGCCCCGUCGCCAUCCACCUCGCCUGCCACCCCAGGAGGCGUGCCGCAGCCACCUUCUGCUUCAGCCAACGCGCCAAGCGCCGAGGGUGGCAGCACGAGCACGCCGACGCCACCUGCAGCCAAAGGUCAGAGCGGGGCUGCCACUGUGGUCGCGGGCUUCGUCGGCUCGCUAGGCGCCUACAUCGGUUACGCCAUGCUUGCCAUGUGAAGUGUUCUGCGGCGACGCGUUUUGUGUAAUGUAUCUUGAGUGAGAUAACUUACACUGUGAAGAGGAUCAUUUAUAUUUGUAUUUGUUCUCGUAUUUGCUGAUAAUAAAGGCAUGCACCGUUGAGCUUGA